GCCAACUUCAUCGAAACAAGUCCUGAAGGCAUCAACAAUCAAUUCUCCUCAAUCUUGCCGUUUUUGCUUCCAUCAGCGCCGUGUCGUGGAAAUUUUGCGAUUUCGAUAUUUACAUUUGUUGCUGUCUUCUUCUUGUGUUGAUGGAGGGCUGCCCUUUCUUCUUGUCCCUUAUCCUUAUCACAAUGUCCAUCGUAGCAGCGUAAAAUAGAUCUGGGGUUACCCACAUUUUAGAUCAGACUGGAGCCAAUUCGCCCAGUCAACGGAGCGCCCCUCUCGUUUUCCAUCUGUCCUCUCCUAUUAUUACCGUUCAUAUAUUUUCAUUUUAUCUUUCGGUUUUUCAACAAGAAACGCCUUCAAAACGCACCCUAUUUAUAUUAAUUGACUAUAUAAACAGCGGGGUGAAGAUGCUCGGAAGCUUGUGCUGCUGCUUUCCCAGCCCCAGACGACUUCCAUCCGCACCUGUUCUCCAUCAGCAGCCUCAUGACCCUCAAGCAGGCUUCAGACGAUGUGGUGGGGUCAAUGGGGAUACCGAUGCACCGGGUAUAGAUGAACCAUAUCUCUCCACUGCUCCUCUACCAAGAUAUACACCACGCCCAGUCAGCAUUCAUGAAAAGACAAUUGCCUUUGAGCGUCGCCAGUCGAAUUUAAACGAACAGUCUGAUUUCCCAUGCGAGCAGAAGAAUAGAUAUGAGUUUGAACGGGACCUUGCUUCACCUCAGCUAGAUGAUCGCUCCUCUGAUGCUUCAUCCGAGGUAUCCGUACCGAGUAGCUUUGGCAACACAUCCACUGCGACGACAGAAACUCCUCCGCCUCCAUAUUCAUCCAACUCGUCAAUAGCACCGUCACGUCGUUCGAUGUCGAUAUCUAUAUCAACUCAUAGGACGGGCUUCACCUACGCAAGUCUCGAAAGCAUCGAGCGUGAAUCACCCGUUGCUCAACUUCCUCUAGUACCUCCUGCUGCGGUGUACAGAUCGCAUCCUGGUCAUGAACCACCAGAAACCAAUGGCGGGGCAAAUAGACGCUCUUUGGAGGGAUCCCAAGGAAACGGUCGAUUACCCCCCCUAGCUCCUACUCACCCGAGGGAAUAAAUUCCAAGCGUAUGCCCAUAUCAAUCAGAUAUGUUAAUACUCUGGAAGGAACAUCACAGUAAUUUUCCGUCUUGACUUUAGACCAUGUAUAUUCGAACCAGGAAUCCACUACCUCCGGUCAUGACUACAACCUGAAAUGGUACACUCAUUUUACACGGUGCCAAUAUAGAGAACGACACGCAUACAAAACACAACAUACAUCCGGGCAUACUACCCAGUUCCAAGCUUGGUAGAUUACCGAGCAUAUAUAAGCGUGACCAAAGGCCCUGAUGUGCACAGGUGCCACGAAGCCGCAACCCAUCAACCUCUGCCCGAGACUCUACGAUAUACAUCGCGCUCCUCCACAUCAACUCUACAAUUCAGCUGAAUAGAAUGUCGAUCAAUACUAGAAACUUCACACGCGCACAAAGCACGCUCUGUUUCCAUUUUGCAUAUAGAUAAGACUAUAUUAUCACGCCGAAAACGAAUGCGAAUACAUAUUCAUUCGCAACAAUAUUUUCAUUAAACGCAUAUUUCCACACAUCACAACAAUCCUUACACCCCCCGCGACCGUCGAACUAUUUUUUGCCCCAUUGGUUUUUAUUCCCCCGGCAGCAGUAUUUUACUAAAGUCGUUUAGAUUUCUAUUGGCGUUUUCUGGUUUGACGAAAAUGUCAUUUUUGGUUUUGUUUUGUAUAAAUCUAUUUCCAUAUUGCCAGCAAGACUUUGUGGGCAGCGGCCGCGUCCAGGGCCGGAUAGCGGUAGGGAUCAAAGGGCCAGUGAUGGUCCUAAUACGUGAUUGGACAUCUUAAUAGCGAAUGUGACUGACGUUCAUGUAGUAAUUAUGUAUUUAAUUGCCAAAUAAUUACAUUGAAUAAGGAAUAUAACUAUUGGAAAGACAAACUGGACUCUCA